AUGAUCAGAGACGGGAGGCUAGCGGCAGCUGUGGCUGCGGCUAAGGCGGCAGCAGCUGAGAAGGAAGCAGCGGCAGAGAGAGCAGCAGCGGCAGAGAGAACAGCAUCGGGAGAGGAAGAGAGAACAGCAAAAGCAAGUGAAACGACGGCACAGGUCCCACCAGGAUACACCGGUGCUGCAAAUUCUAUUGCCUCUGCUGACGCAGCAGGACUGGUUAGCGAUGGACGGUUGGCGGCAGCUGUGGCGGCUGCAAAAGCAGCAGAAGCAGCCACAGCGGAGAGAGCAGCAGCAGGGGGAGAAGCAAACGAGCCGGCACAGGGAGGCCUAGGCGCCACCGGCGGUGCAGAUUUAUUGGCUUCUGCUGGAGCAGCAGGUGUUAUCAGAGAUGGACGGCUGGUGGCGGCUGUGCCUUCAGAUGGACGGUUGGCAGCAGCCGUGGCUUCUGCAAAAGCAGCAGCAGAAAUGGAGAGAGCCGUGAAAGAAGCAGCAGAGCGGAUUGGAGAUCCCAAUGCUGCUGCGGGUACCACUGCGUCUGGUGGUGCGGUGACUCCGUUGACCACGUUGACCAGCCAGGGGGCUGAAAGCAGGGCGAACAUUGGGCAAGGGAGGGCUGUGGCAGGGGAGGGGAGGACCGCGUCGCUUACGAGGUUAGAGGCGAGAAGGUACAGCGGUAGAGAGGGUGAACGAGGGGUGGAGCGUGGUGGAGAGGGGCGGAGGCGGACACGGAGCAACGUAUCUCUGAUGGACACAGGGGUGCUGCGGCUGGAGGAGGAGGUAGAGAGGGAGCUGGCGAGGCAGGAGAAGCUGGUGGAGCUGAUUGCUGUGGCAGGCGCUGACAUGCCCACGCUGCCCGUGCAGGAGGAGCAGGACCGGGCAGAGCGGCAGCUUCAUAGAGACGUGCAUCACUGGGGGGACGAGGUGGCGCAGACACGCAAGCUGCUGCUGGAGCUGACGGUAGAGAGGGUGAACCUGGAGCGGGCGCUGGAGCAGGUGCACUGGGCCGUGGGGUCUCCUGGUGCUGUGCGCGCUGUUCACACUGCACAAAUGCAACUGCUGCAGUUGACUGCGCAGAGAGAGGUUCUCAAGGAGCUGAUUCAGAACGAGAAGAAGGAGAAUGAGAAGGUGGAAGAGUUUCUGGACCAGAUCCUGAGUGACCCUGCGGUAGAUACCACCUCCCCCGAAUUCGCCUCCCUCAUCAAGGACCUUAUCCACACGCUCAGCACCAGCCCCCCUGUUCUCCCAGCUGCCACUGCUGCCAUUGGCGCCGCCUCUGCUGCUGCUUUUGCUGCCUUUGCCACUGCUUCGGCUGCUGCCGGGAGUGCGGGCGGCGGGGGAAUAGGAGGGGUAGGGAGAGGAGGAGGUGGAGUAGGAGGAGGAGGUGGGGGGGAAUUGCACUCUGCUUCUGUUGCCCCCUCUGGUAGUGGCGGUGCUGCUUCUCGGGCGUCUAUCCUGGGGCAUAGCUAUUCUACCCUGAGUGCUAAUACCCAGGUGCAUCGGCUGAAGGACCUUAUAAAGGAUGUGACUGAUUUGAAGGGGGCGAGAGAGGGGGGGAGGCGAAGGAGAGGGGGGAGCGGGUCGUGGGAGGAGAUUGGGAAGAGGCUAGAGGCAGAAGGGGGGGGAGGGGGAGGGGGAGGGGGAGGGGAGAGCAUGGGGAGUGUGGACUGGCAGGGGCGAACGGGGUUAGAGGAUGGGAGCGAGGGUCAUACAAUGGGGGGAGGAGGCAAAGGAGGAGGCGCAAGUGGGGGCGCAGGGGGGAAGUCCCGUCUGAAAGUGCUUCAGAAGCUGAAGAAAAAGGUGAGCGGGGCAGGCGUGGGGCCGUGGGGAGGAGAGGGGGGAGCUGGAGGCGCAGGGGGAGGCGGAGGGGGCGGCGGAGGGGGAGAGGAGGCGGGAGAUGGGGAUGAGAUGCAUGGAUAUCUGCCUGGUGGAGGGGUGGUGUCGCCAAGAGGGGGAGAGGGAGGGGGUUCAGCUUGGGGUGGGAAAGCGGGAGCACAUCUUAGGACUGGCAGCAGUGGUGAUCCUGGUGCUGUGACCGGUAUUGGGUUUAGUGUUGGUGCUAGUGGCGCUGCUGCUGGUGCUGCUGCUGGUGCUGCUGGUGGGGCUGGGAACAGCAGUGGUCACCCAGGUGCUGGUUACCCGGUUACCAGCAGCACCAAGCCUUUGAGUAGGGGCAUGUCUCCGUUUAGGAACCUGGGCCGGUAUUUAUCGUCCACUGAAGCAGACCUUAAAGCCCUGGCUGAUGGUGCAGUGGGGAAAACCGGGGUUAGGAUGGUGCGUGGGCGGCGUGUUUCGGAUGUGCCCUUGCAGUCGGACCGAGAUAUCAGCAGCAGCAGCACUCACAGCAGGAAAAAGGUUCCGAGCUACCCUGGCAGAGGGGAGGUGGAAGAUGACAAGGAAGGGGGGAUGAGAAGAGGGGAAGGAAGAGACGGAAGAGGAGGAAGAGAGGGAGAGUUGGCUGAGGAAGAGGACGACUCCUUGCUGCCUCAAGCUAUAAGGGCCGCCACUCAGCCAACCCUCAAGCGCUCCUUGGCUCGCCGCGCAUCCGACACGAGACAGGACCUCAAUAACCUGGAUUUUCCUGUGCCAGGGCUUGCUGACCUGCCUCCCUACGCUGCUGCUGAGCUUGCUGAGCUUUCCAGUGGUGCGAGUGGGAGUGAGUCUCUUGUGCGAGCCCAUACAGGAAAGGAUCGGGGCAGGUCUGCGGUGGUAUCAGGGCUUGCAGCAUUGGAUUUUAAGCUUGGAGCUGCUGGGGGGAAGGGAAGGGAGGGAGGUGAAGGGGGGGAGGGAGUGAAGGGGCAGGUGGGAGGGGAAGGAAGGCAGGAGAGAAGGGCGGGAAGGCGAGAAGGAGGUGAUUCCGUCUUACAGGGAGAGGAGGGAGAGGAAAGCGAGGAGGGAGAGGAGGGAGAGGAGGGAGAGGAGGGGGACGAGGGUGAGCAAGAGGAGGAAGAGCGGGGAGAGGGUGAGGAGGAGGAGGAAGAAGAGGAAGUGAUGGAGAACAUAGCACAUGGCGCAUGCUCUCCUGGGGUGUUCUCUCGGUUCAACCGCAGCACCUCUGCCAUCCACCGCACUGCCUUCCCUGCUGCUAACACUCACGCUCCUCCUAGUGCCGACCAUGUGCGAGCGCAUGGGCAUGAGGUGAAUUGGAAAGAGGGACCUGAGGGGGUUACUCCGAGGCAGAGGAGUGGCGGCGAUGCUGCUGCUGCUGCUGCUGCUGCUGCUGUUGCUGUUGCUGUUGCGCUCAGGUCCCGCUCCAUGCGUGAGGGUUCAAAGGGCUUUGAGGGUUUCGACCGGGCAGGGGAAUCAUCAAAGUACCAGGAUGGAUCGAUGGGUUCGUCUGACGCAGGUCAGGGCAUCACCCUUGCUCCGACCUCCCUCGUGCCCUCCAUGCUGCUUGCAAGCAGCAAGAGCCCUGAGCGCAUGCGCCCCUCUCUCUCUUUCCGCCGAGCAAAAACUCCCGAGAGACACCAUUCGUACAGCCCUACUACUCACUCCUUCUCCCCUUCCUCCUCCUCGUCCUCCUCCCGCCCUCGCUCCCCUCUGGGUAAGAUGCUGUCGUUUGCGGUCCGGCAUGCUCCGGGCAUACACGCUGGUUAUGCUCGGAACAAUUCCGAACCUGGUGGUGUUGCAGCCGGAUUCGUUCGGAACAAUUCCGAACCUGGUGAUGAGGCUCAGGAUGGCUUGUUCAGUGACCGAGCCAGGUCUGGCCUGUCCGAUGGUUCGGAGAAUGUUUUCGGCUGGGGAGGGCAGGGAGGUUCGGUGAGUUUCAGAAUAGAGGAUCAAGACGAGAGGGAAGGGGAGCAGAGAGGGCCGUUAUUUACUGGAAGAGAGGACAAGGGAACUGGAGAAGCCUCCAAGGAUCAGGACGGAAGCUGCAGGGCGGAACAGCCUAAUGUGCUUGUAUUAGAUGAUGACUAUACAGGGGAGGAAGGAGGCACAAGCCCCACUGAUGAAAAUGCAGCAGAUCUUGCUGGAGAUUCUCAAUCUGCCGCAGACCAUCGGAAGUUCCAGGCCGUUGGAUCUUUCUCCGAGAUGGUGCUGGGGGGACUGGAAGGGAGGGUAGGGGAGGGAGAGGACGGAUGGGCAAAGGCAAGGGGUGCAAAUCAGCAGGAGAUUCGGGAGGAGGAUGGAGAAUGCGAUGAGGGGGAGGGGGGGGGCGUACACCUGCGGGGGCAGGAGGAAAACAUCUUUGGGUCGACUCAAGAUGGGAUGGCGUGUGAGGGGAAAGAGGAAGGGAAAGGAGAGGGGGAAGGGGAUGGCGAGAUGGAUGUAGAAGCUUUUGUUAAAGGAGAGAGUGAGGGCAGGGUGGGGUGGGAAGUGGGUGGUCGUGGAGAGGUAAUGGAGGAGGAGGAAUUUUCUAUUACGAGCGCUCUGCAGCAGCAGGAGCAGCAGCAGCAGCAGCAGUAUCUAUCAGCAAUGCUAGAAAACCUGAUCGCUGCAACCGAGGCAGAGCUUGCAGGCAAAGGAAAGAAGGAGCAGGGGAAGAAGAGCAAGGAAGGGAAGGAGAAGAAGAGUCGAGGAUUCUCCAAGCGAGGCAACAAGGAAGCUAAGGCGAGUAGCGGCGGCGGCAGCGGCGGUGGGUCUGGAUUUGAUUUCAGCUUGCUUGGAGGAUCUGUAGCUGGGGGGCCUUCUGGGGGUGGAAUGGCAGGAAGUGAUAGUGUGUGUGGUAGCAUUGGAAUUGGUGCAGCAGCAGGUUCGGCUCCGCCACGCUCUCAGCAACACCCCAAGCCCCCGCUUGGUUCGGCGCCAGGCUCGGGAGCAGCCUCGGCAGCAGCCGAACCUGGCAGCGGUGCGGCAGCGCCCAGCAGCAAUGUGUUUGUGAAGAUCGACUCGCCGGAGCAGUGGACGUCUGCUGACGUGGCAGGCUUGCGUUCGUCAUCAGGCAUGGAUUUGCCAAGCCUUUCCGGACCUGCUGCCGAGCCUAUGUCCGGGCCCGAGCUGCUAAGCCCAAGGAGGACGAAGAGCGUAGGCUCGGUAAAGGAGAAGGGGGUGGGCCUAGCUUCAGAGUUCGAUGUGGGGUCUGGUUCGGGACUGAUAGCCCCCAUUGCCAUGGGAACUACUUGUUUACGGGCAGAUGAAGGGGCAGAUCGGGCAGAGUCCUCCUCUCGCAAAUCCUUCCGGAAAUCCCUGGCCAAGUCCAUCAACCAUCUCCAAAAAACCAUCAAAAACACCUCCUCCUCCACUCGCCUCUCCUCUCUCCCUGCCACCGACUCGGCCCCCCUCUCUCUCGAGCUAGACGACUACCGAUCCCGCCCAUGUGCACUCUCAGAGGAGAUGCUGAAAUCCAUUGCGACCAUCUACCUGCACCAUGCACACCCGGCUGUGUGGGGGCUGGGGGAGGGGCAGAAACGCGCUGCCGCCCUCCUGCUCGCGUCAGAGGAGGCCCGUGCCACGUCGGAUUCAGCCCGUGCCACGUCGGAUUCAGCCCGUGUCAUGUCGGAUUCGGUCCGUGCCACGUCAGACGAGGCCCGUGGUGUGUUGGAGCAGGAGCGGGCGGGAGGGGGGGAGGAGGCGGCCAGUGGAAGAGGAGGGCCGAGUAAGGCGAAGGAGGGAGCAGAGGGAGGAGAGAAAGGAGGUAGAGGCGAGAGAUUUGGUGAUGGUGAUGAUAGCGACUCAGGCUCUAAGUCCCGGAGGGGCCUGGCUCUAGCCUCUGCUACAGCCAAGUCUGCUACAGCCAAAGCGCCCCAGUGGCUGCGGUCGGCGUUUCCCGGGGGCAAGCAGGGAGGUGGAGGGGCAGCGGACGAGAGAGGGUGGGAGGGGAUGGAAGAACCAGGUAUACCUGAGGCGGGUUCAUCUGCUGCUGCUUCUGGCGCUACUGUAGCAGACACAGGAGCAGCAGCCGCAGCGGCAUCUGUUCCAGAAGCAGGGUUUGCGGGGGAUAGACAACCGGAAGGGGUUUUUGAGGCUAACCAGAAGAGGCCGGACGGGUUUGUGGAUCCGUAUGGGGCGUUGGAGGGGCAUCCCUCCCUGCCGGUGGUGGGGGCGUACAGCAGUGCCAUGGAGGUCACUGCUGUGCCUCCUCCUGAAUCAUUCACCAGUGCUGAUGUCUUCCUGUUGUGCCGUUACCGGAUGCUAGCGGAGCAGUUGGACGAUGUGAGCCCGGCUCUGCUCUCAGAGGACGAGCGGCUGGCCUUCUGGAUCAACCUGCACAACGCACUGCUGCUGCACACGUUCCUAGUGGAUGGAUACCCCACAACACAUGCCAAGCGCAUCGCGCUGCUAAAUCAGGCCACGUUCACCAUUCGGGGCACGGCCAUCAACGCAUUUGAAAUCGAGUUCUCCAUUCUCCGAGCACAAUCUUUCCACUCCUCUCUGGCCACGGCUCUCAAGGUCCGUCCCUUCCCUCCAAGCGACCACCGCUCCUCCUGGGCCAUGCAGUCGCCCCACCCCAGCGUCUCCUUUGCCCUCUGCUCUGGCACCUUCUCUGCUCCCCUGCUGAAAGUGUUCUCACCGCGUACAGUCAGGGCAGAGCUGGAGGAGGCAAGAGAGGGGUUCCUUGAGCUGGCAGUGGGACUCAGUCGAGACAACCGCCUCGUUCUCCCCAAAAUACUUGCCUGGUACUGCCCGGAUUUUGCUGAUUCUUUUCCAUCCUUGCUUGAGUGGGUGUUGCACCAGCUCUCCCCUGCGCCACGGUUGGCACUGGCAAGAUGGGUUGCUCUUAGAGGCAAUCCCACAUUCGCACAAUGUGUCGAGGUGGCGCCAUUUGAUUGGUCGAUCCGGUAUCUUCUUGACCCCAAAUCGCUCACAUUGAACACAGAUGGCUUGUAA